CGAAUACCGUCUCCUCACCCCCCGCGCAUCUCCACGCUGUCGUCGCCCGCCCUGCUCUCCUCACUUGCCCUCGCGAUCCCCACCCUCCUCAUCCUCUUCCGCGUCGCAUACGUUCACGCAAGGCAAGUCACCACGUCUCGAAGCAGCAAGAAGCAUUCCAUGAGCUAUGUCGUGAAAUGGGGCAGGGAGAGGCUGCACUUCGCCCUUCCCCCACCAGAUACCAAGCUGGGCGAGGUUCGCCGCGUCCUCGCCGAGUACACCCAGCUUCCCCCGCAAACUUUUAAGCUCGUUCACGCUGGCGCCGUUAUGAAGGAUGAGAAUGCCUCGAUAUCCGCGUAUGGCAUCAAGCCCAACUCGACAAUCGCGCUUGUGGGCGGGAACGACCCGCUGCCUGCGCAUCCCCACCACAAGGCGCACAAGCACCAUGGCAAGGCGAAGGAGCGCACCGAGGCCAACACUGUCGCGCAGAUCCGUGGCGAGCUCGACGCGGUGCGGCAGACGCUCAAGCCCGACGUCGACCACUUCCUCAAUGCGCUCGACUCGACAUCCUUACCAAACGAGGGUGAGCAAUUGGGCGGACGGAACCCCGAUCUUGAACAGGAACACGCCCGGCUGGGCGAGCUGCUCCUGCAGGUGCUCCUUCGGCUAGACGCGGUCACGGCCGAGGGCGAGUGGGAGGAGGCGCGGCAGGAACGCAAGGGUGCGGUGCGCGAAGUGCAGGCGCUGCUCGAUCGACUGGAUGGUGGUUGGCGCGCGCGCACUCGCAAGCCGGCGGAGGCGAGGACGUAGAGUCGUCGAGUCGGUCACGGCUUCGGAUACGCGUGGGUAGGGUGGAUACCACAUGCGCGCUAUAGAGGGAGAUUGUACUACACACCGGGCGUGAUCACCGUGAUGCACAGCGCCAGAUAUUAGGAUUUCUGGACACGCGAUUUCCACGGCGACUGAAAUGUGAGCGUGAUGGUGCCCCCAGCCUCCGGAUCGUUGGCGCGCCAUAUGGUGGCCUAUGCGCGUAAACCGCGUACUCGCGUAUAUGGAGUCACCCGUCUCC